GGUGGGGUUUGAACCUAAGUCUACUCAUCUCUAGGUGGGCUCCCUACCUAUGGGGCUAGAAAGUCAGGUUUUCAGAUAUUCUUCCCUCUGGCCUUUUUAAGUCUGCCCUUUAAGUGCAAGAAGGCAUGAGCCUCUGCCCCACCCUGGCCUGGUCGAAAUGGAAGAGGAAGAACUGGCUCAGCUGUGAGCUACUACUAUCCCUCUCCUAUCCUGCCUGAUUGAGCUCCACAAAAUUCCACAUCUUGAGGAGCUGGAACUGGAAAGAGAGAGUAUUGCCUUAUUGUAUGGUGGCCUGUCUAGUACUAUCUGCCCCUCAGUCCUUGAAACAUGUGGGCCAAGGUAGUACAAGUGUAGGCUAACCAAAUCAUUAGGAAGCUCCCACCACUUCAUGUUACAUUUUCCUCCCCCUGCCACCUUCCUGAGGGUGGGGAUCAAGUUACCAGGUGGCAGCAGGCAAGGGAGGAGGAAGUGCAAAUGGGGCAGGGCUUCUCUGGGGGAUGGCAUUUUGGUGAUUGAUCCCAGAUCUAUACCUUUGGGCUUUUCCAGGGGGCAUAUCACACCAACGCACUUUUCGCAUAGGUUAAAUGACUUCCUGAGAUUCCUUGCCUCUAAAACAGCAUGGAGAUUUUCAAGCCCUGUAUUUGUAGAUACCUGGCAGGGUGCUGUAUGUUAAAGUACAGCCAACUGGCAAUUAUCACUCGAAAUAUUCAUGCAUUUGACUAAUUCAGUCUACUGAGGUGCAGAAACCCUGCUUGCAAUCUGACUUCCAGUUCUUAAUAGUGCAGGAGACGAGAAGGGCAGCGUGCUCUUCAGGCAAGGAGUCUGGCAAUGCCUAGGCACAGUGCAGAUUGAAAUGACAGUGUUCUUUUUAACACUGGUAAAUCAAUAGGUGGGAGAAGGUGUGUGACUCUGCUAAUAAAUUAGUCUGAUGCCCGUGGAGGACUGGACCAACCGUGGUCUGAAAUCUCAACUAAAUGUGACUACAGCUUUUGGUGAAUAAAUCACAACGGAACCAAUUAGAAAUAUCAGAAUACCCAGCAAAUGCUCUCUUCUUGCAUAAAUCAAUCUCAAAAUGAUCCUUGUUCUCAAAGAGAAAGCUCAGUCCUGAUCAGAAAUGAAGUCAUCGAUGGAACUAGAUGUAAAGGAGCAUCCCAUUAUGGCCUUACAAAGGAACGAAAAAGACGUUCGCAAGAUGGCUCUCCAGACUGUAGUUCCACUUUAACAGUAGCGGCUCUUGGCCCAGAGCUCUCUGCAGCUGCAGCUAUAGCCUUAAUGACAGAUGAACCAGGCCUAGUUAAUCCAGCCUUCAACCCCACCUCUGAGGACAGCCAGUUGGGGAGUAGUUCUGGAGAUCCCAAUAGAAGCAACCGAAAAAGAACUCAGCACUUCGAACGUUCCACUAUAAGAAGCAGGUCUUUUAAAAAAAUAAAUAAAGCUUUCAGCGUUCUUCGACGAACAAAAAGUGGAAGUGCAGUAUCAAACCAGGCUGACCGGGAGAGGGAAAAUACUGGCAACUCUAUUGCCACAGAAGAAGAUUCAGAGUACUCCAUAUCACUCCUGAGGAGACAAAUACAGUCGUGCAGGAAAAAAUCUGCAAGAAUCACCAAGCACAGGACAGAAGGUUUUCCCAGAUUGUAUCACCUGAUCCCAGAUGGUGAAAUUACCAGUAUUAAGAUCAACCGUACUGAUCCCAAUGAAAAUCUGGCCAUUAGGAUUGUUGGAGGCAGUGAGACUCCUUUGGUUCACAUUAUUAUACAGCAUAUUUAUCGAGAUGGGGCAAUUGCCAGAGAUGGAAGAUUGCUGCCAGGAGACAUGAUACUAAAGGUAAAUGGCAUGGACAUCAAAAAUGUGCCUCACAACUAUGCCCUGUCAAUUCUGAAGCAGCCCUGUCAAGUGCUUCGACUCACAGUACUCAGAGAGCAGAGGUACCGAUGCCGAAACAAUGGACUUCCUUUUGAAGCUCACAACUGGGAUGACAGUUUUCAUGUGGUUCUAAGCAAAAGCAGCCCAGAAGAGCAGCUGGGAAUAAAACUGGUCCGCAAGGCAGAUGAACCUGGGGUAUUUAUUUUCAACUUGCUGGAAGGAGGUGUGGCUGCCCGUGAUGGACAGCUUCAAGAGAAUGACCGGGUUUUAGCAAUUAAUGGGCACGAUCAUCGGUAUGGCAGCCCAGAAAGUGCAGCCCAGCUGAUACAGGCCAGUGAAAAGCGAGUUCACUUUAUUGUGUCACGGCAGACCAGACAGCAGACCCCUGACAUCUUGCAGGAGGCUGGGUGGAAUUGCAGCAGCAGCCCUCAGUCCUGCCCCACUGAAAAAAACAAUCCUAACAAGAACGUCCUUCAUGCUGUCACCUGUCAUGAGAAGGUUGUGGUUGUGCGGAAAGAUCACACAGAGUCGCUAGGAAUGACUGUCGCAGGUGGAGCAUCUAACAGGGAAUGGGAUUUACCUGUCUAUGUGAUAAGUGUUGAACCUGGAGGAGUCAUCAACAGAGAUGGCAGGAUAAAGACAGGUGACAUUUUGCUGAAUGUGAAUGGAAUUGACCUGACUGGUGUGAGCCGCAGUGAGGCAGUAGCCCUGUUGAAAAACACCACCUCCUCCAUAAUGCUCAAAGCCCUGGAAAUGAAAGCAUGUGAGGCUCAGGGGGACAGGAGCAGUGCAGCAUUCCCCACCACCAGUCAGAACACGUCUGAGAGCAGCGAAUGGUCACCUUCCUGGGUUAUGUGGCUUGGGCUGCCACGGUAUUUGUACAGCUGCAAAGAAAUUGUAUUGCGGAGAAAUACAGCAGGAAGUCUUGGCUUCAGUAUUGUAGGAGGUUAUGAAGAACAUACUGGAAACAAACCAUUCUUUAUCAAAUCCAUUGUUGGGGGAACACCAGCAUACAAUGAUGGAAGAAUUAGAUGUGGUGAUAUCCUACUUGCUGUCAAUGGAAGAAGUACAUCAGGAAUGAUGCAUGCCUGUUUGGCAAGGAUGCUCAAAGAACUGAAAGGAAAAAUUACUCUUACUAUCGUGUCAUGGCCUGGAACUUUUUUAUAAAACAUGCAUUCACAGAAGGCAACAAAUGAUUUGACACAGAAAACAAGCUCCUUAACAGGGACAUAAGUUUUUCUCUGCACUUUUUUGAUCAAAUGUAUAUUUGUAAAAUAAAAUUGUGAAUUGUCAAUUUGCACAUCAAGUAAAGGCAAGUCUUGCAAAAAUAGUGGUAUCUGUCAAAGAAACACCCUUUAGAAAGAACUGAAGAUAAAUUAGGGCACAAGGCUCUGUUUCCCUAGGCUCUGUUUUUAAGUUUGUAUUUUUUUAUAUUUGAUUCAUUAUAAUAAUCAAAGAUCUUUAGUGAGCAGCAGAAACUCCUGCCCACCUGCUACUUUCCAUUUCUAAAAGAAAUUAUGAACACGUUAUGUGGAAAAUUCCUGGAAGUCUCUUGAAAUGAUAGCGGUUGAAAUAUUUUUUUAAUGAUUAAGGUGAAGGUUUUUACCCAACACAUACAAAGCACUUUGAUUAAAUAAUGUACCUUUACAUUGUCAGCAUGAAGCUGGUAUUUUCAAAACUUUCAAAUAUUGUCUGUUAGUAUGUAAUACUGUGAAUGAAACCUUAUUUCUAAAAUUAUUAAAACCAACUGUAACUGUG